GGCACCUCGCGGACCCUGUCCUCCUCCAAGAUCGGUCGUGCUACACCGUACGUGAAACCGCAAUAUCGCCCAGCCCACGCUGCAAGCUCGUCUGCGAUUCUGUCCGCUUUCCCUCCUUCUGGACCGACAGACGACAAGACACGAUAGCGCAAAGCCCCUAGUAGAUUUCCAAGCCGCUGACCACUCGAGCAGAAGCAGGUCUCUGAGCUCUUUUCGGGCUUCGCUUGCUUCCGGGGCUGACUCUUUUCGUCGCGCCGACUUGCACUAUGCCCAUCCGCCCGGAAACCGAAAUGGAAGGUCCGGCGCCCCCGGGCGUCAGCUUGCCGACGAAGCGUGGCUCGUCCGAUGAGCUUAAUGUCUACGACGACGCGAGGACCUACUACACUGCCGAGGAGCGCCACAGGCUUCACCGCGCCGGUCCCCGGACUCGCACUUAUUCACAGAACAGCUUGGUGAGGCAAUUGGACCGGUUGGGUCUACAUGAGCCGUACAGGCGGGGGAGCCAUGACGAGUCUACGAUCCCCCAUAAUCGCCGCUUUCUGAUCCAGGUUGAGCCGACGCUCCACAGUCUUCAGAUGCAGGAGGACACUGAUAGGAACAUGCAAAUCACAAUCGAGGACGCUGGGCCAAAGGUUCUGAGCCUCCGCACGGCGGCAUCCAAUGGCCACAACCGCUUCGACAUCCGCGGCACCUAUAUGCUUUCUAACCUUCUCCAGGAGCUCUCCCUCGCCAAAGAGUACGGUCGUAAGCAGAUCAUCCUCGACGAGGCGAGACUCAAUGAGAACCCCGUCAACCGGUUAUCACGCAUGAUCCGGGACCACUUCUGGGAGGGGUUGACACGGCGCAUCGACGCUUCCAGCAUUGAGAUUGCAGCCCGGGACCCAAAGGACUGGACAGAUGACCCUCGCCCGCGCAUCUACGUCCCGAGAGGUGCGCUCGACCAGUACGAGUACUACAAAAAGCUGGCCGAGGAGAGACCCGAGAUUCGCCUGGACGUGCAGCUCCUCCCGGAGAAGAUUACACCCGAACUGGUCCGGGAUAUGAACGUCAAACCCGGUCUGUUGGCCGUGGACAUGGAGGAGGUGACGGACCCCAAGACAGGAAAGAAGUCGCUGAGAGGCCGGCCGUUUGUCGUCCCAGGGGGCAGGUUCAACGAGCUGUAUGGGUGGGACAGCUACAUGGAGUCGCUCGGGUUGCUGGUCCACGACAAGGUCGACCUCGCCAAGUCGAUGGUGCUCAACUUCUGCUUCUGCAUCAAGCACUAUGGCAAGAUACUCAACGCGACACGGUCCUACUACCUCCUUCGGUCACAGCCCCCCUUCCUGACGGACAUGGCACUCCGCGUCUACGACAAGAUCAAGCACGAGCCGGGCGCGGUCGACUUCUUGCGCACCGCCAUCCUCGCUGCCAUCAAGGAGUACCACAGCGUGUGGGUGGCCGAGCCCCGACUAGAUCCCGUCACGGGUCUAUCGCGGUACCGGCCCCAGGGCCUCGGCGUUCCCCCCGAGACGGAAGCCGGCCACUUCGUCCACAUCCUCGAGCCGUACGUCAAAAAGCACGGCGUCACCUUUGACGAGUUUGUCGACGCGUACAACAACGGGCGGAUCAAGGAGCCCGAGCUGGACGAGUACUUUAUGCACGACCGGGCGGUGCGCGAGUCGGGCCACGACACAACGUACCGGUUCGAAGGGGUGUGCGCCAACCUGGCGACCAUCGACCUCAACGCGCUGCUCUUCAAAUAUGAGACGGACAUUGCGCGCACAAUCCGCAACGUGUUUGGCGACAAGCUCGUCGUCCCCGCCGAGUACUGCGUCGGCCCCAACAUGCCCGCGGCCAACCACGUCGAGACGUCGGCCAUCUGGGACCGCCGUGCCAAGCGCCGUAAGCUGGCCAUCGACAAGUACCUUUGGAACGAAGAGCAAGGCAUGUACUUUGACUACGACACGGCCAAGCGCCAGCAGUGCACGUACGAGAGCGCCACCACCUUCUGGGCUCUCUGGGCCGGCUGCGCCAGCCCCAAGCAGGCGGCCGCCAUGGUGACCAAGGCGCUGCCCAAACUCGAGGCGUUUGGCGGCCUGCUGUCGGGCACCAAAGAGAGCCGCGGCGAGAUUGGGCUCGAGAGACCCAACCGCCAGUGGGAUUACCCCUACGGCUGGGCGCCGCAGCAGAUGCUCGCCUGGACGGGCCUGUACCGGUACAGCUUUACCGAGGAGGCCGAGCGGCUGGCGUACAAGUGGCUCUUCAUGAUCACCAAGGCGUUUGUCGACUUCAAUGGGGUGGUGGUGGAGAAGUAUGAUGUCACGCGGCCGAUUGAUCCGCACCGGGUCGAUGCCGAGUAUGGGAACCAGGGGCUGGAUUUCAAGGGCGUUGCGAAGGAGGGAUUCGGCUGGGUCAAUGCCAGCUAUGUUUACGGUCUGCAGAUUGUCAAUGCCCACAUGCGUCGCGCGCUAGGCACCCUGACGCCGUACGAGACGUUUGUCAAGGCGCUCGAAGAGAACCGGGCCAAGGCGCUUGCCGAGCUGGUUUGAAGCGUUCUUACGUUUCCUCUUGCGGCUUGCUUGAGAUGGGGAAAGGGGGU